AUGUCGACUAUCGAAACUCCCGCUCCAACGGUACGAAACCGACCUCCCCGCAAUCGUCGUGGAAGAGGUGGAAACCGUGGAGGGGCUGCAGGCUCUGGGGCUCCUACUACCGCCACUCAAGAUCCCAAUGGCUCUUUACCAUUGCGGCCCGCUGCUGCAGAACCCGGAUCGACUCCAGUUUCUGCACCAGCUCAAAAUCCAAAUCCAAAUCCGAGCAGAGGAAAUCGUGGCAGGCGUGGGGGACGCGGGGCACCAGGACGAGGUGGGAGGAGAGGUGGAAUGCAGCCAAUGGUCAACGGACAGAGAGCGUUUGGCGGACAGCUCACCGCGAAUUCCCCAGCUGCAUCCGUUAACGGCGAGGGAUCAUUAGCUGGCGACGCUCCGGUCUUCGUGCCUGGUCGACCAGUUGCCUCGAGGCCUCGAACCCAGGCACCCCGCCCACGACGAAUGUCCAAAUCACAAGCACCGGAUAUAGCUACAAGAACGCACGAAGACAUUGCAAACCGUCAAUACGAGUGUGUCAUCUGCACCAAUGAAGUUCUGUCGAAUUCCAAAAUAUGGACUUGCAAAUCGUGCUGGUCGGUACUACAUUUAUCAUGUGUAAAACGAUGGUCGAAAAAUGAUGUUUCUACGCAUCAGCAACGGGCAUCAGAGAAUGAAGAGCUGCCACCCCCAAGGCAAUGGCGGUGCCCCGGUUGCAACCUACCGAAGGUUGAUUUACCGGAAACUUAUACCUGCUGCCACCACAGCCCUGUGGAACCCAACCCCCCGAGUGCCGCUUUGAUUGUUCUCGACAACGGAAUUGUGGUCAUCCUCAAAACCGGCCAGUGUGAAGAUGCAACGUCACCAUGUGCUCAACCUUGCGGUCGGAAGAAAACAAACCAGAAGCAACCCAUCAAAUGCCUUGCUUCCAAGACUAGCGAGGGUAACUCGACGAAGGUUUUGAGUUGCAAUGAAGAGUGCCUCAAGCUUCAGCGCAACGCAAAACUUGCCGCAGCGCUUAAUAUUGACCCGGCUACCCAUUUGGAUGACCACAUUCCAUACUCUCAACAGACGCUUGAUGCGUUCAAGGACAACGUCAAGUUUGGCCAGCAGUACGAAAGAGAAUUCCGCGUCUUCGCUGCCGAUGAGAAGGAGAUACGUAUCCGGUUCAAACCCAUGCAACCACAGCAACGUGCCUUCAUACAUUCUUUGGCCGAGGACUUCGGCCUUGACAGUGAGAGCCAGGAUCCGGAACCCCAUCGACAUGUGUGUAUUUUCAAAACACCCCGUUUCGUGUCUGCUCCUAUGAAGACGCUUUCGCAGUGCAUCAAAGUGCGCCCUGUGCCUUCUACAAGUACGGAACCUUCCACGUCUUCCAAACUUGUGAAAAGCGCGGUCCCUUAUAAUGCCUUUCUGCUCAUCAACCCACGUUUUGGCUUGACAAUUGAUGAGCUGCGCUCAGAUAUCCAACCGGAGUUUGUUGCCGGCGACUUCCAUGAAUUUAACAUAUCAUUCCUACCCUCAGGCGAUGUGGUGGUCCAACCACUUCCCGCCCACUUCCUACCCGGCCAGAAAUUGGAAGCGAACCUAUUGAGCAUGCAAGUGGCCGUGGCGAACAAGAUCAAGUCGCUAAGCCUAGCUACCGGAACCACGCUUUGUACUGUUGAUGGGAACUUGAACGUGCUGCGCAGGGAGGACGAGAGCACAGCUGAAUCUGGGGGGUGGAGUCAAGUAGCGAAAGGAGCGGCCCGUAGCAGGAACGCACCUGUAGUGGGGGAAGUUGGAGUUAAGAGUUCGUUUACUGUGUUGGGCACGAAGUUGGCGAAGAAGAUGAAGAACGAGGAGGCGGUGGAUGAUUGGGAGCGGGAGGUUGAAGGGUGGGAUCUGUAA